CAUAACAAUAGGUCAGGUGAUUUUGAUAAAUAAAUAAAUUUAUAAAUAUACGUGUAUUAAGUAGUUCCACACGUACACACACAUAUUGUUGACUUCAUUUUACACAACUUUUGAUAUGGUUCACGGAGGCGGACAUUGUUCUAGUGGUGGAGGAGGAGGUUUCAGUGGGGGCGGGGGAUUCCGAACGACAGUCUACUCAAAUAAUUAUUAUUCGUCCCCGCGGAGUUAUGGUCGCAGAUCCGGAGGUUCAGAUGAUUGUGACUGUACUUGCUGUAAAUCGUGUUGUCUGGCAAUCACGUGUGUUUCGUUAAAACCAAAGUCACGAUUGAGAUUUCUUUGGUUUCUGGUUAUUGCAAUAACUUUGAUUACUUCGUUGUCCGUCUCAUUUGGGACAUAUGGAACGCGUACAACCGACACAUCUUCAAGUGACAUGCGAUAUAUCUCUAACGGGAUUUCACCGAGAUUUUGUACUGGGGUUAAUGUCAGAAGUCAGAAUUACCCAGUAUCUGUAUACAUGUUACCAAACAAACCAGUCGUUAAUACUAAAAACAAGACUACCUUUGUAUACAAUAAAUAUUCCAGUUUAGGAAGUCAGAUGUUUGAAUAUUGGGGCUUUUACCUAUUAGAAAAUUCGUUUGUGACAAUUAAAGCGUGUUCUAGUUACUCUAGAAAAGGAGUUGAUUAUUAUUUUAUAAAAGGAAAACAGAACUUACAAAGAUGGAAGAACGAUAACUAUUGUGACUCGUGCUUUGAAUAUCAUAAGUCAACAGACGCAUGUAACUAUGGCAACUCUACUUUCCUGCAUAUUGCAUAUACAUCUGACGAAUAUUACUUUGUGUUUGCAAACCAUCUGGAUUAUUCGGGCCCAGUAAGUGUGACUGUUACAAUCGAACUACAAAGAACGUACUAUGAUUUGUCGUCUGCCGUCCGUAAAUGUAUGAAUUCUUACGAGUGUGAUGUGUCAUACACCAAUGACGAUUAUAGUGAAACUGUCGUCGUUGAAAUACCCCACAUCAAUACUGAAAACAUAGAAGUGGAUUCAACCUGUCACAGACGGGCCGGAGUUUUCGUGGGACUUUUCUUUAUCAUGCCACUGGGUAUCGGGAUUUCAAUAAGUGCUGUUAUUUACUUUGCUUGUAUUCGUAGGAGAACAAAAACGACAUCUACACCGUAUAGUGUAUUGCAAAAUCCCACAGGCGCACAAUACUCUACAUUCCUGGAAGCGUCGGCUCCAGUGAUGGAACGUGAUCAGGGGCUACCACCAGCGUAUCCGGGACCACCGUCGUAUGAAGAAUCGACAAAGACCGGCCAAAAGUAAAUGUAUCGAACAAUGAUCGAUUUAGAUCGACAAAAAGUAGAGGUUUCGAACAAUCGACAAAGACAAACAAAUAUCAGACUUUUGUUUAAUCUUUUACAAAAACAAAUCCUUUGUUAUUUUAAUCGCCUUAUUUUAUGUUUAUAUUUAAAUACACAUGUUUAAGA